AUGACAGAAGGAAAAAGAGAAAAAAGAACCACAGAAUUGAAUAGGACGGAUGAGAAGUUUGAGAAACUAGAUCAGGUGCUAAAUAAAAUAGCAUUGGAAAAGAGGUUGUUGAUUGAGGCAGAGCAUUUGAAGAGAAUCAAAAAAGUCAAAACAAUCAGAUUCUACUGUGCAUUAGAGAAUGAUGAAUUGAAGGUUCAUGUACGAAUUUUGAAUAAUUUCACAGGUGAGUUGAAAGCAGAGUCAACCAGCUUGUGGGAGUUGAUAAAGAGGAUUGUGGUUGUAGCAGAUGGAAGUAUUCACGAGUGGACUGUACUGAACAAGUGCGAUGCAUUUCUAGUAAAAGGAAUUGUCAAAACAGGUGGAAUCAGACUAUUGGUGAAACUACAGAAUGGAAUGAAUCUGUUCAAAUUCAGUAAGGAAUUGAGUGAGUUGCUGGGAAUAUAUGCUGAGUCAAAGGCAAAUGCAGUGAAAGAGAUCUACAAAUAUGUUAGUGCAGAGAAUCUAUUGAAUCACAAUACUGGGUUUGUGACAUGUAAUGAACCAAUGCAUAAAAUAUUCAAAAAGGAUGAAUUUGAUUUCAAUGAUAUUGGAGAAAUGCUAGAGUGCCACUUCAUGCCACUUGAAUACCUGAAGAUUGAUUUAGGUAGUGAAAAUGGCCUAGAAAUGUUUGAUUUGGAAGUAGAGUGUGAUGAUGUGACACAAAUGCCUAUUUUAUACACAAAUGAAGUCAAAAUGCUGAGCAAGAAGAUUGAAUCAAACAAGAUCAUUGAAAAGAGAAUUAGGAACUCAAUUGACAUUCUGGAUGAAUUCAUCAAAAACCCAUUAAGAAUGAUGGCACGAUAUCUGAUAAUGGAAAAAGACAUUAAGGGAAUAAAGACGAAAUACUUUGAGGACCUAAACAUCCAAAGUGCACUUUUUGAGCUGCUUCACAAUAAGAAUUAG